AAUCUAUCAUAUUGGAAUAAAGACACUCACAACUCAGUUCUUCGUUAUCCGCGCCAGACCUCGCAAGCCUAAAAAGGCUAUUCUGAUAGUCGAUAUGUUCAAAAUAAAUAUUCUGAUAUUUUUAAUUGUUGUUAGUUCGAGCUGCAUUAAUUGCCAGCUGGAUAUUUUUCAAGAUCUACCACUAGAAGCUGACUCACAGGAAUUUGAUGAGUUGGAACAACAAAUAAACAAUGACAUUUGGGAUGAGGUUGAAAACCAACACCAAGAACUCGAUUCCCCGGAGAAACUCCUACAAAAGAUUUGUGCACUAUACGAUUUCGAAAUAAAAACUGAAAGAGUCGAAUGUCAAGAUGUUAAAAUCGUUUCAAAAAGUCUUAACGUAAAUAAUCACGUAAUCCACAAAAGACAAGCUGAGGAUGAAUUAGAAGGCUCAGGAGACGAUUCUCCUAUUCAAACUGAAGAGGAAAAACCUGAAGAAUCAGACACAAAUCCUGAAGAGGCUAAAACUGAAGAACCACUAGAAACAACAGCUGCUGAAGCAAGCCAAAAGGAAAAAGUUGUAGAGGAAAAUAUUGCUCCUGUUCUGCCAGAAUCUGAUAAAGCGACUAAAACUGAAGAACCACUAGAAACAACAGCUGCUGAAGCAAGCCAAAAGGAAAAAGUUGUAGAUGAAAAUAUUGUUCCUGUUCUGCCAGAAUCUGAUAAAGCGGCUAAAACUGAAGAACCACUAGAAACAACAGCUGCUGAAGCGAGUACAGCUGAAGAACAAAGAAUUAAACCUUUUAAGCCUUUCAAAAAACAAGCACUCGAAAUUCCACUAGAGGAACCAAUUAAAGAUGAUUCUAUUCAAAGCUCCACAGCAGCGCCCUCCGUUGAAAUUACUUCGAAGCAAGAGCACCAUGAAGAAGAAAAAUCCAUAGAAGAGGUCACAAAAAUAUCACCUGAAAUCAAAAAUGAAGAAGCAACAACUGCUCAAGCUCAUUCCGAAGCACCUUUGAAACAACCGGAGUUGGAUAUCCCAGAAAUGGUAGCUCCCAAAGAGGUUCCAGUUAAUGUAUUAGUUAAAAAUCAAGAUGAAUCUACUAAUGCACCUAAAUUAGAAAUACCAGUAAAGGAAGCGGAAUCACCAGUAAAAGAAGACGAAGCAUCAUCUAAACAGCACAUCGAAACAAGUGAAACUAAGAAAGAUGAUAUUCAAUUACCAGACGAAGAAAUUAUUCUGCAUCAAAGCGGAAAUGCUAUUUUGAAUGACAAUAAAGACGGUAUGUCUAACGCUGAGAAGACAGUUAGAAAAAUGGAAGCAAACGAAAGCAUUAAGUCUCAAGUGUCAGAUAUCGAAGAACCCAAAGCUGGAGCUACGAGCGAAGGUGCCAUUGGUGGAAAAGAUACCAAAUUAUUGAUAAUCAUCGGUGGUCUAGUUGCAGCAGUGGGAGUCGCAGCUUUUGCUUAUAACAUUAUGAAAAAGAGGAAAGCUACUGCUGCAGAGUCCAGAGUUCCUACCCAAAUGAACGGAAAUGGGGACAGGAAUGAUCCCGAAGAAGGACGAGAGAUGAAACCUUUGAUGAAGUCUCCUCAGCCAAACAGCAGUGUCGAAUAUAAAGAUGAAAAAUAGGAAGUGUGUGAGUGGGAAACAAAAACUCUAAUAUUUAUUAUGUUAUAUUAAUGAAUAGGUUGCAUUAUGUUAACCGUAUAAGCAUGGACAAAUGCAUCAAAGUACAAACGGGAUCUGAGAGGUCUGCACGAGUUUUACUGACGAAUUUUUAUUAAUUCUAACAAUUCGGAAAUACAACGGAAUUCCUAACAUAAUGCUUAUAUCUAUUGACUAGAUGACGAGGGGUCGCUUUUGUUAUUUUUAAAAUAAUUUAUUAAUAAAAAAUUUUCAUCUG